AUGUUUGAUCAGAAAAGACAGUAUCCACAUUUUGGCGAACAGGCCAAUUGUGAUCGGCUAUCGACAGCUAAAAGGUGUGAACAGUCAAAACCCGAUCACCACCAACCUUCUCCCGUGGUUUACAUUCGUUUCUUGCCCACAGAUGUCGGUGAAAAAGAAGUUCUAACUCUUGCCAUUCCAUUUGGCCUAGUUGAAAAUGUCCUUAUAACAAAGACUGGCCAGGCGAUGCUUGAGUUUCAGCAACAGGAGAGCGCCAAGAACAUGCUCACCUACUACGACCUUUACUCACCACCAGUAAUUCGUGGUACUCAGACUAUCACCGUGCAGUACUCCAAACACCCGCACCUCACAACCACUUCCAAACGUCCCCUUCUCUCUGAAAUCAUCGAGACUGUGAAUAGAGCACAUCGGGCUCUAACUUGGUCUUCAUCUCCACUUAGUGGUAGCUCGCGAAAGGUUCUCUGGAUGCAAGUCACAAAUCCAUCAACUACUCCCUUGGGAUAUGUUCCUUUUUACCAAGCACUGUUUAAGUUUGGUCAAAUUCUUCGCAUUGUCACUUUCAAAAGUGGCUCCUAUCCACAAGCCUUUAUCGAAUUCGCUCAGACAGUUUCGACCGAUGUGGCUAAACACCAACUUGACGGCUGUCCAUUUGUCGCUGGAGGCAUCUGCCGGACCAACUACUCGCAUAUGGAAAAACUAGAUGUCCAUCAGGAGAGCCAAUACUGUCGGGAUUUCACCAAAAAUCCGCUCUUUUUAUCAUCAGAACUUUCUGAUCUCCAUCAACAGCAAGGGACAGCCCUGGUGGGGGUACAACCAUGGAUGUCUCCUCAGUGCAUCCCUAGUUCUAGCAGCAAUGCAUUAUCCUCCAUGCAUUCUGUCAAUAAUGGCCUUCCUUCGGUGCAACAUUUGGCUUCUCUUGAUGUUCAGACCCUUAGCGCUUUUGCUAAUGAGGUAACUCAAGCAUUGGCUAUUGCGGCCUCAAGAUUUCCCGAGUCACAAAGUCAGCACUUGCAGACGCAGGCCAACAGUAUCCAACAGUUGGUCCCACUGGUCCAUAUUGCCGCCAAUAGUAGCAUCACCGCCGGGGGCAAAGGUUUUGCCGAGUUGACUGCUGCCGGUGGCGGUACAGUUGUUAAUCAGGCUGCCAACAUGCCAACUGGGUCACCAGUCCUUCUGGUCACUCAAUUGAAUGCCGAGCAACCCACGAGGUUGGCGAAGUCCUUUAAAACCAGCGUAUACGGAGAUGUACAGCGUGUGAAAAUUCUUUACAACAAGAAGGACUCCGCUUUGGUCCAAUUUUCCGAUGCAAAUCAGGCGAACCUGGCCCUUCAGCACCUGAACGGGAUUCCAUUAUUGGGUCGAAUCUUGCGCUGCCAGCCUUCUAGACACCUUAGCGUGAUGCCGGCGGGUGAGAUGGAGGCCGAACUGACCCGCGACUACACGGGCAGUCGUCUUCAUCGCUUUCGCUCCUCAAACUCACGCAACUUCCACAAUAUCUGUGCACCCAACACCGUCCUCCACGUCUCCGGUCUGCCCGAGGAUGCCGGCGAGGCCAAAAUUGCUGACCUCUUCCACGGGCUCUCCGGAGUUGCGCCCAUCCUCGUGAAGUCAAUGGAUCGUGAUAAGAGGAUGGCUCUGGUGGAGUAUGCGAAUCUUGCAGAUGCUGUGAACGCACUCAUAAAAGUGGACACCUAUCAAAUGAGCCCCACCGCCCGAAUUCGUGUAACCUUCAGCAAAUCUCUGGUGAAUCGGGACUCCUCUGGCUCCUGA